CGGUGGGAAGCCAAGGUCGUCCGAUUAAAGUAGAACGCGAGCGCUCUACGAAAACCCCUUAAUCGGACUACCCCGAUGACGAUGGAGACGAUUAAGAGGGAAAAUAUACAGCUAGGUGAUAAUAGAAAACUGGUGGCCACUACAAUGGGCGGCCCAACACCAUCACUACCACCGAUGGGUGGUAGCAACAUCGUCGUCGUUAACCAGUCACCACCAACACAAUCGCCGUUGGAAAUACUACCACCGCGAACGACGGCGAAUGUCGUCGUCGAUCCGGUCACGUCACUGUUCGCCGAGGUGGUCGACCAAGGAAAGCCACAGAACGAAAAAUCAGUUCAUCCCCAGGCGCCGACGUCGCACCGUGCAUGGUUUCGGAAGUCCAACACUUGUGGCAGCCUGUACGUGCAGUGUGGCUGUACCGUGGAAUCUGGCGACGAUCCGCACACAUUCAAAACCACCAGCCAGCCGACUGUGCAGCAUCGACACUGUGGUGAUACAGAGCGACAGCAACCACGCACACGGCCCAUUUCGCUGUCGGAUAAGGACAUUCGGCGGAUUCGACCACGACUCGAUAAACCGCCGUUCGUACACCCGGACAGCCCGACGACCGUGUUUAGUGAAGCGAACGCCCAGGAUGCCUUGGUAAAGAAGGCACAGUCGACCCGUGCCUUAAUACCCACGGCACAAACAGCUAACGGAGACUACGAAAUCCUCCACACGGCCGCGGCAACACAUUCCAAACGUUACUCCACUCCUUCCAUCGGGACUGGUUACGCUUUUCAUCCCGAGUUUGUUCUACAGAAGCUAGACACGGGAUCGUCUGCGAACGGAUCCAACAGCCAGCUCAACCAACCUGCAUCACAACCGGAACCAGUGCGUAGUGCAUCGAAAAUUGUAUUCAAACAAAGAAGCAGCACCACUUACCCGGGACUAGAAGGCGCCGAACGGUUCAAAGAAUCCUUCUCGAACGCUUCGAGCAUCGACGAGGUGGGCCCGGUUAGCGAAGGUGGUGAAAUCGGUGUACCUUUGCCGCUUGGAUCGCUGGAAGAUUUAGAACGCAGGCAAAGUACGAGCUCAGCGCAACAACCGCCCAUAUUUAACGUAUCCGAUACGGGUGGCACCCUUGACACUAGCGGACAUUGCCGAGGGGUGCUAAUUGAAUCAAACAGCAAUAAUACUGGCAAAGUUAGCAACGCGUGUGCCAUCCCAGUGCGCAAGGGCAGGGAACUGUUUGUGGACAACAGUGCCAAGCUUAGCGUCUCCCUUGACAGUGGCCGUGAGGCACAUCUACGUGGUGAGGCCGCUCACCAUCACGCCGGACCGGGUGGAACCUGUAGUGCCGAGAACAGUCCACCGAGUCCACCGUCACUGUUGCUGAGCCCGGUCAUUCCGUCGAAGUUCGAUUGCUCCGCCAAGGAGUAUCUCAUCCAGUCCGGCAUACUCGGUCCGAUGGGUAAUGGGUCGUCGUUGCUCAUGCGCAAAACCUCCAAGAUUGUCCCGAACAUUGACACACCGGUCAAGGAACGGAUACGUAAGAAUUCGGUAAAGUUCUGGGGCAAAGUGCUUACCGAGGAUCGCAGAAAAUCACUUACAGGGCAGUGUGAUAGUAUUCAUUCGUACGGGAGCUCAAUGACGAUCAGUGGCACAGAGCCGAACAGUUUCGAGGAGGAGAUCAUCGGUUUGCGUAAGCUGCUGAGAGCACGCGAUGAUGAGAUCGACAAGCUACGGCGAGAAAUCGACAAGCUAAAGAGUGUUCUUCAGCAAAAAGCUGUCAACAGUCUCGAGCAAUCGAAUGUCCAGCCUGGUCAACAAAGGCUCGCACUCGUCAGUCCUUCCAGCACACCAACGCACAAGGGCCAGCAUGUGGCCGAGGGAGAGCUACUCUCCAGCAUCCAGGCUAACUAUGCCAUGGCCGGACAGCCCCUGUCGGAGCUCUUCGGCAUUUCGGGAAACAGCUUUAAGCUUCAUCAGAUGAAGUCCGUUAAAGGCAUCACGCUGCAGGCAAUGAAGAAGCAGGGUGUGUCGGGUGAAAGCUGCGACCUGAUGGGUAGCCAAUCGAGCGACAUUAAGAUACCAAAGUACAAGAAAGACUUCAGUGCGAAGCAGCUGAUCAAGGAUGCAAUCAUGGAGAACGAUUUCUUCAAAAAUAUCGACUCGCUCCAGAUAAGGGAGAUCGUCGAUUCGAUGUACAGUCGCGAGUUUCGCAAGGGUGAGUACGUCAUACACGAGGGUGAGGCCGGUUCACAUCUCUACGUGUCUGCGUCCGGUGAGUUCGAAGUCAUCAAGGACAGUAAGGUGCUCGGUGUGAUGGGUCCGGGCAGGGCGUUCGGAGAGCUGGCGAUACUGUACAACUGCACACGAACGGCAUCGAUACGGGUGCUUUGUGAUUCGCGUGUGUGGGUGCUGGAUCGGCGAGUGUUCCAGCAAAUUAUGAUGCGCACGGGAAUGCAGCGGAUAGAGGAGAAUGUGAACUUCUUGAAGUCGGUACCGCUGCUCAAACAUCUAAGCAAUGAUGUCCUUACGAAAAUAGCAGACGUGCUUGAGGUGGAAUUCUAUCCCGCUGGAGCAUUCAUCAUUCGCCAAGGUGCCGCCGGUGACACAUUCUUUCUAAUUAGCCAAGGAACGGUAAAAGUGACCCAACGACUUCCCGGCCGCUCGGUGGAUGAAGAAAUUCGCAUACUCGUCCGUGGAGAGUACUUCGGUGAGCAGGCGCUCAUUAGGGAGGAUAAGCGGACGGCCAACAUUAUUGCGAUGUCGCCCGGUGUCGAGUGUCUCACGCUAGAUCGAGAAUCGUUCACCAAGCACAUCGGUGACCUGUGUGAACUGCAGGAAAAGAACUACGGUGAUGAGGAACGGGUGCUGGCCUUCCGCAAUCUGGAGAACACUCAUCCAUCGCUGGGAUCGUGUCAACCUGAGCUGCUGGACGUCAACUUAGUCGACUUGGAGGUGGUAGGAACACUGGGAGUGGGUGGUUUCGGACGGGUCGAGUUAGUUAAGCUGGAACGCAACGGUGAUACGCAGAUAUACGCACUAAAAUGUAUGAAAAAACGUCACAUAGUGGACACACGACAGCAGGAGCAUAUGUACAGCGAGCGGAAAAUUAUGCUGGCCUGCCAAAGCCCAUUCAUCUGUCGGCUUUAUCGUACGUACAAGGAUUCCAAGUUUGUCUACAUGCUACUGGAAGCCUGCAUGGGUGGAGAGGUGUGGACGAUUCUGCGUGAUCGUGUUACGUUCGAGGACUCGACGGCCAAGUUUAUCGUUGCGUGUGUUUUGCAAGCGUUUGAUUUCUUGCAUGCACGAGGCAUUGUCUAUCGAGAUUUGAAACCGGAGAACUUACUGCUGGAUGCUAGGGGAUAUGCCAAACUGGUUGACUUUGGAUUCUCGAAAUUUAUUGGCUACAGCAGUAAAACCUGGACGUUUUGUGGUACCCCGGAGUAUGUGGCGCCCGAAAUAAUUCUCAACAAGGGACACGACCGAUCAGUCGACUAUUGGGCGUUGGGUAUUCUUAUACACGAGUUACUGACCGGAAUCCCACCGUUUACUGCAGCAGAUCCCAUGAAAACGUACAACAUAAUUUUAAAAGGUAUCGACAUGGUAAACUUCCCGAAGCACAUGUCCCGUGCUGCCGUUAGCCUUAUCAAGCGACUUUGUCGUGACGUCCCUUCCGAACGGUUGGGCUAUCAACGAGGUGGCGUUCAAGACAUCAAAAAGCACAAAUGGUUCCAGGGCUUCGACUGGGACGGUUUGAUAGCACUGACACUUAAAUCUCCUUUGCAACCGAAUCUGCAAGGCCCGCUGGACAUGUCCAACUUCGAUAUCUUCCCCAAAGACUUAGACAUUCCGCCGGACGAAAUGUCCGGGUGGGAUGCUGACUUCUGAGAGCUUGAGGCCCCCGUUGCCACCAUAUCAAUCCAUCAACUAGUGAUACAAAUAAUCUGC